CGCUCCGCGCCGGGCGGGCCCGGCCCCCGCUCGCUAUUAAAGGCGCGGGUUUCGGCAGCGGCCGUGGCGGUGCUGCUGGYGGGGCCAUGGUGAACUACGUGCAGCUCAACACCGGGGCCAAGAUGCCCAUCCUGGGGCUGGGCACAUGGAAGUCGCAGCCAGGGAAAGUAACAGCGGCAGUGAUGGCUGCCAUCGAUGCCGGGUACCGUCACUUUGACUGCGCCUAUGUGUACCAGAAUGAAAAUGAAGUUGGGGAAGGGAUCCAGCAGAAAAUCAAGGAAGGUGUCGUGAAGCGAGAGGAUCUCUUCAUUGUCAGUAAGCUGUGGUGCACGUUUCAUGACAAGCCUCUGGUGAAGGGAGCCUGCCAGAAGACCCUUGCUGCCCUGAAACUGGAUUAUCUGGAUCUCUACCUCAUCCACUGGCCUCUUGGUUUYAAGGCAGGAGAGGAGCUGUUCCCUGUAGAUGACAAAGGCAUGUUUAUCCCCAGCAACACAGAUAUUCUACAGACCUGGGAGGCCAUGGAAGAGCURGUGGAUGCUGGWCUGGUAAAAGCCAUUGGAAUCUCCAACUUCAACCAUGAGCAAAUUGAAAGAAUCUUGAACAAGCCAGGACUGAAAUACAAGCCUGCAACUAAUCAGGUGGAAUGCCAUCCAUACCUUACCCAGGAGAAGCUGAUCAAGUACUGUCAAUCCAAAGGGAUUUCUGUGACAGCRUACAGUCCCCUUGGCUCUCCUGACAGACCAUGGGCUAAGCCAGAGGAUCCUUCCCUUCUGGAUGACCCCAAGAUCAAAGAGAUUGCAGCCAAGCACAACAAAACAUCAGCACAGGUUCUCAUUCGGUUCCACAUCCAGAGAAAUGUGAUUGUGAUUCCCAAAUCUGUCACACCAGAGCGCAUUGUGGAGAACUUCAAGGUGUUUGACUUUGAAUUGACUCAAGAUGAGAUGGCAACUAUUCUCAGCUUUAAUAGAAACUGGAGAGCCUGUGAAAUGACCAUGUGCAAAACACACAAGAGCUACCCUUUCAAUGCAGAAUACUGAAGAUGGUUCCCUACCUUUCUCCAGGCUUCCCAGAWAUGCUUCUGCUGUUGCCUAUGAGUUGUCUAUGUAGCUUUUUCACUGCAUCAGACACCCCUCCACACCCCCAUUUUUUUCCUUCUUUUUUUUUCCCCACAAAGAUGCAGUAUAUGUACUCAGUGACUUUGUGCUGUUUUCUUUUCUGGAAGAAGGAAAUGCGGAAAUGGUUCUGAAGAGCACACAGUGUGGACUAGUAGAUUUUCUUUGCCAAACAGCAUGUCUGGAAYUGGUGAGCAGAAAACAUUGAGCAAGUUUGAACAAGCAGUCAGUUUUCUUUUGGAAUACUGUGAAUUGGAGCUAGUGGCUGUUGUUGUCUGGAAGGACCAGGAUAUUGGCAGAUAUUACAUAAUGAGGUCUGCUUUUUUUCUGAUUACUUUUGGGGUUGGUUUUGUUUCUUUGUAAAACUCCACACUUUUUUGUUCCCCCAUCUAAUUGGAAUGAUAAGUUGAUUUCCAAAUACAGUGAUUUCUACAUGGGUAGCUCUUUGAAAAGUGURUAGGUCCUGGUUUCUUGGUGAUAUAAAAGCUGGUUUUGCUUAUAAUAAAAUACAGUUUCAUUACUGUGUGUAAUGAGAUGGUUAUUUCAGCAAUGCUUUAAUGGUAGUAAUGCUGGAGCAGCUGUAGAAUACCAGCUGUCUCUAGAGAUUACACAAAAGCAAGGAAAAUUACCAUCCCCCACAAAAUCAUCUGGUAUUCAUGUUGACUUCUUACAUGUGMCUUGGGAGCUGCCUGCUGUUCUCAUGGUUGAACUUGUGGCCAAUGAGUCCAUUUGUGCCUCUUUAAAUAGAACUGUUUUGGUUCUGGCAACUGAUACAGCAAUGUUUAAUUCAGUUUUUAUCUUACUGAGGUGAUAGUAGACUUGGGCUGGUAGGAGACUUACUCCAUUGAAGACUUGAAGCCUACACAGCAUCCUAUAGGAUUGUUUUAAUAAGCAGUAGAAAACUCRCCCUCUCCAGCUGUGAGCACAUGAUUCAGGGAGGAAUUCUGUGCUUGUACAAGAUGCCAUUGGUAAAUAUAGUAAAAUGGGGGUUUUUAUUCAAGAAAAUCCUGUCAUGAUCUAGCAGAUCAGAAACUUAAUGCUUUUUUCUGGGAGCACAGAAAAACAGGCUUAUACUGACCUUGUGGUAUGUGAGGUGUGUUUGUUCCUUCACUGUUUUCACAAUGGUGAUUUUAAAGUUGUUGCCACCUGACAGCUGCUUAAGACUGUUCACAAAAUGCAUUUGGGCACUGGUAAAAGCAGUGGCUAGUGUUGGGUGGGUUUCUUGCAUAUUCCUGUAAGAUUUUUUUUUUUAAUGUCUGAGUAG